AAAGCGCUUUUGGAAGAAUAGAACGUGUUUGAUCUUAACAACAUGCAGUUAAAACUUAGUUCCCGGUUUCCCUGGGCACUGCCAUUGUUAUUGACGUUGCUGUGUUUGCUUUGCCAGGCACAACAGCCAACUGGUGAUCACGCUGUGUAUCCGGGUGCUGGGAAACUGUCGCCAAACGCUGUGAAUGAAAUUCAAAAACCAAUUGCUGGAAAUGCUGCAAAAGAUUCAAAUCUGCCUCCACUAUCUGCUGGCCCCAAAGAACAGCCAAAAGUAGAAACUAAGCAACAACCUUUGGCAACCACCAAAGUGGAUUCCCAGAAAGUGGAACCACCAAAGCCAGCUCAGCUAUCCACUAAUGCGGAUCCCAAGAAGGCACCACAAGUAGCCGCCAAAGUGGACUCUAAGCCUUCUCCGGUAGUCACCAAAGUAGAACCACAGAAGCCAGCUCAAGUAGCCACCAAUGCAGAUCCGAAGCAGGCCCCACAAGUAGCCGUCAAAGUGGACUCUAAGCCAGUUUCUCCAGUAGUCACCAAGGUAGAGCCACCAAAGCCACCUCAAGUGCCCACGAUAGUGGAGCCACUGAAGUCAGGUCAAAUUACUCUCAAUACGGAUCCCAAACAGUCACAGGCAUCACAAGUACCCACCAAAGUGGACCCUAAGCCAUCUGCAGUAGCUACCAAAGUAGAGCCACUGAAACCUUCUCCAGUACCCACCAAAGUGGAACCACAGAAGCCAGCUCAAGGACCCAAAAAUACAGAUCCCAAGCAGGCACCACAAAUACCCACCAAAGUGGAUCCUAAGCCGUCUCCAGUACCCACAAAAGUCGAACCACAGAACCCAGCCCAAGGAACCACAAAUGCUGAUCCCAAGCAGGCACCACAAGUCGCCGUCAAAGUGGACGCUAAGCCAUCUCCAGUCGUUAAUAUGCCGCAAGUAGUCAACAAUGUGGAGGCUUCCAAGCCAAUCCCAGCAGUCAACAAAGUAGAUACUAAACCGCAAGUAGCUGGAUCAGCAGUGGUUCCCAAACCGCCAGCCCAAGCAAAUGGCAAAGUGGAGUCAAAGCAGUCACCAGUCAAAGCUAUGGAAAUCGGACCGCGCAUAACUCUGGACUCGUUGCCACAGUGCCCCGAAGGCUUCAAGCUUUAUGGCAGUCAUUGUCGCCAAGAAGCCUAAAAAUCUUGCCCAAUAUUAAAAAGUGUAUAAGCAAAAA